AUGUGUAUACGCAUAAGCAAACUUACAGGGUUGAAUGAAAAAAUUCGAGGAUCGCUAUUUCGAAGAAAAAUCAGCGGGCCCACUCCGCUGUACAAAACGCCCCUUAGAUACAUUUGGUUCAUUUUUUUCUACAUAGACAUAUUCUUACUAUAUGUGUUCACCUUUUCGUGUUUUUUCUCCAUAAUUCUGCGCCAAGAAUGCUUUGAAACAUUUCCCAUCCUUUUUUUUACCGCGGCAAAUUUGGUUUCGAGCUUUUUUAUUGACUUUUUUUUUAUGCUAAUAAAGGGAGAAGAAAUUGUGAGCGAAGAUGAAAUUAUCGUAUCCACCUUUUUGACAAUAACGUUAUGUAUCUUUAAGGUUGCAACGAACGUUUGCACAUUUUAUUUCUCCUUCAUUACGUCGGGGAAAAUCAUGGACUCCACGGAGAUCCAUAUGAAGCAAAGGUGUCAUACGUCCGCCGCAAAAUGGCUGCUAUUGAAUUGUAUAAUUAUAAACUCCUUUUCGUUCCUCGAAACUUAUAUUGAAGCCAUUUUGACUUUGUUCUCGAUAGUUCAUUUUAAGAGGCAGGUGCAGAAUUACGAGACAAUCGUUUAA